AUGUCAGGAAUUGGCAGCGCAUCCGCUCAGCGAGCACCUGAUCAAACUCACGGAGAGACGUGCAUUGACCUGAUGCGAACGCCGUUCAAGCUCUGCGAUCGAGCCUGCUAUUCGUCUGAUGAGCUCAAUCAGGGACGAACACUCGGCGAUGACGAAAGCCAGGGUGUCUUGCACGCGAUGGAGGGUCUUAGCAGAGUAGAGACCCCUUGUGGCGGCAGCAACACUUGUGUCUAG